AUGAUGGAGUCUAUCCUGGACAGCCUGGCCGCAGAGAGGCUCUACCCCCCCGGGGGAGCCAACCUGUUGGACCUGGAGGAGCUGAGCGACGGAGACUUCCUCACUAAUGUGCCUUUCUCAGGUGACCAAAUGGACGACUUCAGCAGCGAAUUAUUCAACAGUUUCUUCGAAGACCAUAUAUUAGAGCGACCCCUGCUGGCAGACAGACCCUCACCUUUACACAUGGACAUCGACAGCAGCCCAGAUAUUCAAGCGGAGCACAGCUACUCCUUGAGUGAAGACUCCGCCCCCCAGAGCCCAGCCCUGUCAAUCAAAAUGGACCAAGAGUCUGAGUUUGAAUGGAGCUUCAGUCAGGACCUCUCCGCCAUCUUGGUGAAACAGGAGGAACCUGAUGUGGGUCAAAGAUUAGAACCUCCGCCUCUGGAAGGCCCACCUCUCAUAUUAAGCCCCGCACCCCCGCACCGAGGGUCAGCCUGGAAACACACGGAGCGCAGUCAAGAUGACAUGAAGCCAGUGGCUAUAAAAGAUGAACCCAGAGAGGCCGGACAGUGUCUCAGUCUGCCCAGCGACGAUGCUCUCCAGCUCCCGCCCACCCCUCCCAGCAGUAACCACGGCGACAGCGACGGCUCCCUCCCUCCGUCCUCCCCGCUCCUCCCUCUGCCACCGUCUUCCCCUCAACCACAGCAGAGGCAAGGAGGUCGCGCCUCUUCAUCCUCCUCCUCCUCCUCCUCCUCAGCCAUCUCCUCCUCACCUCUCCUCACUGCACCACAUAAGCUGCAGGGCUCAGGACCCCUCAUGCUGACAGAAGAAGAGAAGAGGACCCUGGUGGCUGAGGGUUACCCAGUACCCAACAAACUCCCCCUCACCAAGGGUGAAGAGAAGGCACUGAAGAGAGUCAGACGGAAGAUUAAAAAUAAGAUCUCAGCUCAGGAGAGUCGGAGGAAGAAGAAAGAGUAUGUGGAAUGUCUGGAGAAAAAGGUGGAUAGCUACACGUCAGAAAACGGCGACCUGUGGAGAAAAGUAGAAAACCUGGAGACUGCCAACAGGUCUCUCCUACAGCAGCUCCAGAAGCUUCAGUCACUGAUUUCAGGGAAAGUCAUUCCCCGUUCUAAAAUGGCCUCAACUCAAACAGGGACAUGCCUCAUGAUGGUGGCCGUGUGUUUCGUCCUGGUGUUGGGCUCCUUCUCCCCUUGUCUCUCCCCCCUCUCCUUCCUCAGUCACACCUCCUCCUCUUCCUCUCACUCCUCUCAAUCUCCCCCUCUUCCGUCAGCGGACCUCUACACCACUAGUCAGGUCCGCUCCCGCAGCCUGCUCUUCUACAAUGAAGGGGCCCCAUUGGAGGAGAGUUUAGUGACAUCAGAAGGGGAGAGGCUACAGUCAGAGGCUCGCACCCACAUCCAGACGAGCCGUUACACCGCUGACGCUCACAAAAACCACACAACUGGGCCCGAGUUAGACCGGAGGGAAACAAAACCAGACGAAGCCUCGAAGUUUUUCUGA